ACAAGUGCCACUGCAUUGGCCUUGUAGUCUUGUCCACUCAAUUCAUAAUCCGCUCAUCACUCACCACUAAAAAAGAUUCCACUAUCACUUCAUAUAAUUUGAUCAUCUUUUUCUUUAGUAUUUACGAAAGAUUCAACCAUGGCUGCUGCAGUAAGUGCUGCAGUCUCUCUUCCAUCCUCCAAGUCUACUUCUCUUCCAACCAGAACCGCCAUUUUUUCCCCGGAAAUAAUCAACUUCAACAAGGUGCCAUUGUACUACAGAAAUGUGUCUGGUGGUGGGAAGGUGAUCAGAGCCCAGGUCACCACAGAGGCUCCUGCAAAGGUUGGGAAGAUUUCCAAGAAACAGGAAGAAGGUGUAGUGGUCAACAAGUACAGGCCCAAGGAACCAUACAUUGGCAGGUGCCUUCUCAACGCAAAGAUCACUGGCGAUGAUGCCCCAGGGGAAACCUGGCACAUGGUUUUCACCACUGAGGGAGAGAUCCCUUACAGAGAAGGCCAAUCCAUUGGGGUGAUUCCAGACGGCAUCGACAAGAAUGGUAAGCCUCACAAGCUGAGGUUGUACUCGAUCGCAAGCAGUGCCAUCGGAGAUUUUGGAGAUUCCAAGACUGUCUCUUUGUGUGUUAAAAGGCUUGUUUACACCAAUGACCAAGGAGAAAUUGUUAAAGGAGUUUGCUCAAACUUCUUGUGUGACCUGAAACCUGGAGCUGAAGUGCAGAUAACUGGUCCUGUUGGAAAAGAAAUGCUUAUGCCAAUAGAUCCUAAUGCAACCAUAGUUAUGCUUGGCACUGGAACUGGAAUUGCCCCUUUCCGCUCAUUCUUGUGGAAAAUGUUCUUCGAGAAGCAUGAAGACUACAAGUUCAAUGGUUUGGCGUGGCUUUUCUUGGGUGUUCCCACGAGCAGCUCACUGCUGUACAAAGAGGAAUUUGAGAAAAUGAAGGAAAAGUUUCCGGAUAACUUUAGGUUGGACUUCGCCGUUAGCAGAGAACAAACAAAUGAGAAAGGUGAGAAAAUGUACAUCCAGACUCGGAUGGCUCAAUAUGCUGAAGAACUAUGGGAAUUGCUCAAGAAAGACAACACAUAUGUGUACAUGUGUGGACUCAAGGGCAUGGAAAAGGGAAUUGAUGAUAUAAUGUGUUCAUUGGCUGCUAAAGAAGGUAUUGACUGGAUAGAUUACAAAAAGCAGUUGAAAAAAGGAGAGAAAUGGAAUGUGGAAGUCUACUAAUGGAUACUACCUUUCUUGUAUUGUACAAAUAUCAGCCAGCCAAUGUGAUUUUAUCUGUGCUGAUGUAGAUAGGCUACUUUCUUUUCCCAUUAUUCUUCUUUCAUGAUCAAACAGUUGCACUGCUGACCCUACGGAAUUUUUCAGAUUAUGGAUCAUGAAAAGAUAUAAUAGUGAAACAAACUUUAAUCUCAUCAACUUGUAAAUUGUUAUGAUAAGCAUCUUUAUAUCCAAAUUCA